AUGGAGCAAUCUUUCGCAUUUCGACCGGCAAAAAUACUGGCUGUGUUGGUCCGGGACUUCGGAAUUGACAACUCCGCCCAGCCUCUGUCCAGAGAUGAGCAUAAGCUGGCCAAAGUAAUCUACGGAAUGCUUGAUAGGUGUCGGGCCGGGGACGAAUAUGAAGUCGACGAAGAAGACGACAUGACCACAGACCCAGACUACGUCCCGGAAAACGAUAAUUGUGUCGCGGUGGAUGCAAUAGACCAGUUGGAAACACAAAUUUCAUUUCCGAGUGGGGAAAUUGUCAGCUUGGACCGCGCAGUUGAAGCAAUCAACUACUACCGAGACACGCAAAAGAACACUCGCAGUUUGGCUAGCAUGUACAAAAAGUUUCGAUUCAUCAAGGCAGACAGUGAUUUAAAAAAGUUACGUCUGGUGGAGAAGCAACGCGAACGGGCGGUUUCCAGGCGGGACCAGUUUCGGGUUUUGAACCAGUUGGUGGCGAAGAGCGUCAAGGAAAAGAUUGAGGAAGGGAUUGGCAUCCAUGACACCGACAUAAUGCUAAUGGCCCUAAAAGCCAAUGAUCAAGUUGGAAUACGUGGCUUCAUUGCAUCGCAGUCAUGGGUGACUGACUUCAAGCGAAUACAUAGCAUUGUCUCUCGUCACAUCACGACCUUCGUUUCCAAGCGCUCGAUGGUAAAUCGUGAACAUACCGCUUCAAAAGCGACUGCGUUGGUCGAAAAAAUUAAAAGUAUGGUGGGAACUGGUCGCGGAAAAGUCCCGUACUCGGCAAUUCUAAAUACAGAUCAAUCCGCUCUAUUAAAGGAACUGCCAAGUAACCGUAGCCUGGCUUAUAGAGGCGAAAAAACCAUCCAAAGAAUAGUCCAAUCUGUUAGUUCCAUAACGCACUCCAUUACAAUAAUGCCAACCAUUUAUGCUGAUGGAAAAGUAUGUCCGAAACUCUUUAUUGUAAUGAAGGAAAAAGAUGGAAAAUUCCCUUCCACCUUUAGAUUUAGGUAAGCAACAUUCUUUUCUCGCGGUGUUAUUUUUAGAUCGGAUUUCCUUGUCGUUCGCGCUGGUCAUUCGCAUAUAAUGACAAAGCCGCUGCUCCUAGAGUACAUUGAAAAUUGUAUUGUUCAUCCCGGCAUGCCUCCAAAAACGAUUUUUCUAUGCGACUCUUGGAGCUCUUUUAAAGACCACGAAUCUAUGAAAAGCAAGAUGCCUCCGGGAAAACAACUCGAGGUCGAAAACAUCCCCCCGAAAGCAACGUCAUUGAUUCAGCCUCUCGAUGUUGGGUUCUUCCGUACAUUUAAGGCCAUGGAAAGGCGAGUGUACUCCCGUGUUCUCUUGGAAAACCUCGAUUUCAAAUUUUAUCAGCGCGAAAGUAUGCUCAAAAUCAUUGAAGUAAUUUGGAACCAGAUCUUGAACCCAAGAUUUACCCCGUUCAUACAGUACGCCUGGUCAAAAGCUGGCUUUCGAGAUGACAAGCCAAGUUUUGAAAAUCCGCUUGACACCGUUUUUCCGAACGUACAGCUGGUAAAAUGUCAAUCCCCAAACUGCAUGAAAUACUGCCUGGCAAUUUGCUCAUUCUGUAGUGCAAGCCUCUGCUUUGACCAUUUCGUUGUUAGUCGUCACACGCACUCGAUCUGUUAGUUUUGUAAGGUAUCUAAAAUUGCAAGGAUUGUUGGUUUGUCAAAAUUAAAUGUUUGUUAUCGAAAACCUUGAAAAAAAAAUUUUUAAAUGUCAUGAAUUCACCCAACUACAAAGAUAUGAUCAAUUUUAUAUGGGCGGUCUCGAACCUACACGCUUUACUCCCCAAAAGAUUUUUCGAGCGGGGUUUCACUCCCACUGCGCCACACCGACACGGCCUUUCGUUUCCGAAUUUUCGCACUCGAUGAAGAGAGGAAAUCGGAAAAAAGUUUCGGUCGAUAUUUCUCGUCGCACAGACUUAUUCGGCAAGUAGAAAAAACGGAUUUCUACUAAAUUUUACCUGCUCUUUCAGAAUAUCGAGGUCUCAUUUGCGGAUCCCACGGAUCGUUCGGACCAUUCCCUUGUUAGAAUCGACGGCUAGUCGCGGCUGGGGAUUUGGUGCACCCUAUUUUCAAAAAGGCGAGAUUUUUUGCUGCGGCGACCCACCACCAUUUUCCCACAAGCUGAUAGGUGGGCCAUACUGUCUUAACAAAGUCUGUACAGAGCUGCACCGGGCAAAAACCUUGUCGCUUUUCUUGCCAUCCAGUAAAACGCACAGUGAACCCUCGUUUCGCAGCCUGCCAAAUUUUUGCCGCGCGACGCUUCGUCGCGAUUUCGACUACUUUUGCGGCCGCACGUGCCAAACAUGUCAACGUUUUUUUUGCCGUCUAGUAUUCUAAAUUUGUGCCAAAUUUCAUUAGUAUCCACGACUGGCAUUUCGAGCAUUUCCAGCGCUCGAAUCUUGAUCUUUUCGUAGUAGACUGUACUUUAACGUUAAUCCCGGCCCCAACACGUUCGCCGAUGAUUCUAUUUUUGCAUCUGACUAAUCUCUCAGCCGUCUAAUUAUCCCCUCAAUUUGCCCUCCAAAUGUAGCUGAGAGGGGGAAGUGGGCGGAGUCGGCGGAGACGAGUGGACAUAUUCCCGAAAACGGACGAUAUCUUCCGAUUGUGCGGAGACUGGUUAUGUCACAGAUUGUCUCUUCUUUCUUCGCGCGUCGCAAUUAUAUGUGUCAUUGGGUUUGUUGUUGUUGUGGGCGAUGAGUCAGAUGGGCAAAUAAACGAUGAGGGUUUUUUUUGUGAAAAGGCGAAUAAGUGUAAAGCCAAAUGUGUUUGCUCACACCCACGUGGGUAAUUAAUAAAUUUGGAAAGUAUUUUUAGAACUUUUUCGGACAUCAAAUUGCGAAAAAACAAAAUUUUUGGAAAUUUGUUGACUGCACUGUGCAAGUUUCGAAUUUAUUGCAAAAAAUUAACUGAAAAUUAUUUUCGAUAUUGCAGUCAACUCUGCACAACGAAACAUGCUACUAGUCCUCCGGAAAGUCGUCGGACUGAAAUCGGUGAUGCGCAUUGUGCAAAAGCAAAAGUUUUCUUCUCACUGUGCGAAAACGAAAAUUUUCUUUGCACAGUGCAAUAGGUUUUUUUUGGCUACUCUCACCCUGUUUUUUUUCGCACAGUGCAAACGCCAAAAAUCAGUCCGCCGACUUUUCAGAAAGGCUACCGUGCACGGCAACCCAGGGAGUCUCCCUCCUCGUUUCGGCCCUCCUUCGCACACCCAGUAUCGGUGAAAUUCACACGAAAUGUCACAACAUUUUUCAUGUGGUUUUUCGAUGGAAAACUAUUUUUCUCGAAAUUAUUUUAUUGCUUUUGUCAGUUGUGGCACUUCGUUUGGACGAAACUCAAAAGUGGGCGGGAGACAUUUUUGUUCUAUUUCGGUUUGCCGUGCCGUGUAAGUUUCAGCGCGCGCAUUGGAGGGACAGCCGAGAAAAAAAGUGUUCAGAAACUUUUUUUCCGGGAGAGUGUGAAAAGUGCGUAGAUCGAUCAGAGAGAAAAGCAUUCUUUUUUUUUUGUUAUAGCAAGUUUUCUUCCCACAGUGCAAUUUCUCGUUUUUUGCACCGUGCACUAGGCUUUUUUGGGCUGUCGUUCGAACACUGAUUUUUUUGCACAGUGCUAACGCCAAAAUCAAUCCGGCGACUUCCGGAAGGAUAAGAAUGAAACCUGCCCACAACGAACAAUUCCAGAGGUCCCAAUGGUCAUUUUUAGGCCAAAAAGGAACCUCCGUACAACGAAGUCCAUCGUCUUUAGUCUGUCAGAAAACUAUGUAAUGGUGAUAUUCGUAUUAUAUUAUUAUAUUUAUGUUCAUAAAAUUAAUGGAAAUUUUUUCUCCUUCGCGCAGUGCAUUUUGCGCAUUUUCCUACGCUUGUCGCCCACGCACAGUGCAUUUUUCUCUUUUCGCACAGUGCAAGCCCCAUUUUUUUGAAUCAUUUUGCACUAUGCAAUUUCCUGUCGCGCUCACAAGGUUUGCGCUGAAGCAUUUGAAAAAGCGUUAAUUCCGCGUGCCGAUGCAGCAACGCUAGUUGAAACUGCCCUAUAGUUUGGGGGUCUUUGUGUGUUUUGAACAGGUUUGUGGGACGUCCCAGCUGCGUAUAUUGGACAAAUCUCACAUGGAAAAAAAUUUUGCGAACCUUUCGAGGAAAUGGAAGUGCUAUCGCCCUUUUGUUUGAUUGCUAUUUACUCUUUUGGGAUUUUGAACAGGAAAAAAAGAAAGUGGUACGAAAAUGUACGGCAGUAUUGUUGUUUAGCUUGUCGUUCGAGCGAGAAAGCGUCGUAUUUGUUGUGAUUAUGACUUCGUAAUCUAUGUUUUCUAAAAGCUCAACGUUAGAAUAUUUUUUUCUAAAACACAAGCUAGACUCUCAGCUCGCGCUUUGCAGAAACGACCCAGAUUUUUAGGCCAACGUUUUUUGCGAAUCUUAGCCUGACAAGUUUUAUGCCUAUUUCUACCGUAGACAGCAAUGUUUUCACAGAAAGGCAAUUUUUUCCCACGAAACUGGCAAAGAUAUGGCCAAAGGGUUUUUUCUCUCUGCCUGCUCUCCGGGUUUUGCGUACUCUCUCAGCCGCAAAGAUCGUCGAAUAUCUCGGUAAUCCUUAAUCUCUAUCCUUAUAUGUUAGUUUAGGUCCCACCACGAAAACCAUCAUUUUUAAAGAUCAAAUCAUUAAUGAAAAAUUGAUUACAACCUCACAGCAAUCAAUAAAACUGAACUUUUUUUUGACAAAUUGACCGCCUUAACCUACAGUAAUCCAAAGUUUUUUCCCCACACUCACCCCACUGACCCAGAUCCGAAGUCAAUUUUUUUCGACACCACCCAAAAACAUCGCCCAAAUAAAAGAGCGUUUCGAAAACCUGAUUAAGCCCUCCUCACCUUUCCUUCGCUUCUGCCCCGAGGCCCUUUUUCACCUACUUUAAUCUCCUUCAUUAAGUCAUCGUCGCCCUCCCCGCCAAAACAGAGAGUGGGGAGGGAAGGAAUCCCGUUCCUUCCGCGGGCGCGGGGAUCGGUGUUGCGUCAUCGUCGCGGAUCAACACCUGUCCACUCGAGGGCUUUCCUGUUUUCCUCUCCUCUCCGCCUAAGGUAAUAUCCGGGAAGGCAGAGAAGGAGAGGAAGGAAGGGAAGAGCUGCGAUAUUGGCGAUUAG